CUCGUGGCAUUCAGCACACUGCAGUGAGACAAGCCCAUCGCAAACACGAGCCGAAUUUCCACGACAAAUAUGGGAACCUGGUUCUCCUGGGGGGAGCUGCAGUGUUUACUGCUGUCUGGGGAUAUGUGUUUACACAGCUUGGAAUAGAGUGGGGCUUGUCUCCUGUUGGCAGAGUCACUCCCAAAGAAUGGAGGGAGUAA